AUGGUCCGUAUUUAUAUAGCGCUUUAUUAUACCUGCAAGGUACCCAACGCGCUUUUACAUGAUACAUCACAUUCACAUUCACACACUGAUGGCGGAAGCUUCCAUACAAGGCGCUAACCACGACCCACCAGGAGCAAUUAGGGGUUAGGUGUCUUGCUCAGGGACACCUCGACAUGAGCACGACGGGCCGAGGAUCGAACCGGCAACCUUCCGGUUGCAAUGCCGCCCCCAUACGGAGGAUGGACCCGACUCGCAAUGGAAAUAUCUGCAGGCGUUUCAUGAAUGGCUCUUGUCGAUUGGGUCCAAGAUGUAAUUAUCGGCACGGGCUGACCUGCUGGUUUACCUUUUGUCUUGUUGGAGCAGAAGUAUUUCUGGUCCUUUUUCUAUUUUGGAUAAUUCUAAGAUCCUGUAAAUCCUAUACAGAGCUUCUUAUUUGUUUCUCUAACGAGCUUAAUGCCGCUUUAUGCCUGUGAAAUAGUUGAGUUUGUUGGAUUUGAUGGUUCAUGAUUUAUCUUCAUUUUUAAACUAGCGUGGAGCCGUUUCCAUAGCAACAAGUCUUUAACUCACUCUAUGUAUUUUAAGCCAGCUGUCUUUUGAUUUGAUUUUGAAUUCCAUGUGCUGAUGUCACCGUGAGCACACUUAGCAUUUGAAAAAUGCUUCAUUUCUGCUAUGGGACUUGAACUGAAAGCCAGCUCUUUUUAAACAAGCAAUCCUUGUUAACCUUUUCUUCUAUGUUCACGCAGUUUUCUUUAAAACAACCAAACAUGUGGCAACGUCGUUCAGAGGACCAGGCGAGGGCCAGAUUGACUCUGCCCGUCAUCAGCAACAAGCAAAGUCUGGUGAACAGCAGCUCUCAGCUUCAGAGCAGCACCAUCCUGAAGCUGGAGGAUGAAAUAGUCUGUCUGGGUGAAGAUAUUUCUCAGAUCCCUUCUGCCGUUGGCAGCAGCAUGACUAAUCUCAGCCUUCGCCACAUGGAGGUCGGUCAGUGGCAGGCCCUCAUAUCUGAGAGCAUCGACCAAGUGGACCGAGAAAUCACCGCUGUGGAGCAGGUGAAAGACGUCACCGAGUCUUAUCUCCAGGAGAGACAGCUGUACUCUCAGCUCAUGGCCAACUGUGUGGGGAUCAGCAACAGUUUGAGCUUCGCCGGCCAACGGGAUUGUGUCUUCACCGAGCUGAAGAAAGAGGAGCAGAUGAUCGACGAGAUCAGAGAACUGCUGCAGAAUCACAUCUGGAUGCUGCUGAGCAAACUAAGCUCUCUGAAGAAUAUCCGUGCUCGGCUGCUGGCAGAUUUUCAGGACAAGCGUGAAGCCAUCAAGCUCACCACCAAAUGCAUCAGCCUUCAGCUGAACGCCCCGACCUCCCCGCUGCCCGCCACUCCGUACAAGCCCAAGCACGUGAGCUACAACGCCUGGCUGUGUCACUGCAAGGAGCUGAAGAUGGCAGCUGAUGACCUGAUUAGAGAAUCUUCUACCUUCAGAGGAAACCUGCGCUUCACUCUGACCAAUCUAAAAACUAGACAAGAGCGUCAGCGCCACAGCACGGCCAGCUGUAUGAGGAAGAGGAUCAACGAGCUGAGCAGGACCCAGGAAGCACUGAUCUGGAAGAGACACCAGAUCAGGAAUGAGAUUUCUGACCUGACGAAAGACAUGCAGAAAGUGGCCGGUCAGAUCAGGAAGUGUGAUUCCAGGAUGCUUCAGGACACCACCCGCCUGGAAAUCCUCGACCAGAGACCUGGAUUUGAGCUCUGCUUGGACCGCCCUUACAUCGGCCUCACACUGGAGAAACGUGACCUGGCCGCAAUGGCAGCCGGAUGUAGUUUAGUCCUGAAGAACUCUCAAAACAGCCUGGUGCUAGCAGAGCACCGCCUCAUGGCUCUGGAGAACAAAAUGGCCAAGAACGCUCAACACCUGCAGACACAGCAGAAGUGUCAGAGCCUGCACCAGAGUUUCCUGCCUCCUCGUGGCAGCACCGUGAUCCUCGCCAACAGGCCUCGACUCCACGGGGCCACCAGCAGCACCAGCCUCAGCACCUUCACACAGUAGAGUCCAUUAGCACUCUACUGCCACCCGGAGGCUUCUCCGUGUGCAUUUAAUAAAACACCUCCUAGCAUUAUAUUGGAUUGUUCAGAAUUACUAUGCACUUUUUUUUAUUAUUUUCAGGUGGGAAUUACAUGGAUUGAGUGAAAUAUUCCAAAUCUGCACUACCGUUUAAAAGUUUGAGGUUUCUUAGAAAUGUCCUCAUUUUUGAAAGAGAAGCAUUUUUUUUCCAAUGAAAAUACCAUCAAAUUAAUCAGAAAUACAGACUGGACCAAAACCAGUAUUGUACAAAGAAUUAAGUAUAUAUUUUUCUAUUGCGUGUUUAAAUGGACGAGGGUGACUUUGGAUGAUAAGGAAGUCAGUUUAAUUUUAAAGCCAUGAUUAUUACUGGAUGAGUGAUAAAAUUACAACCAUGGGUAAUUACCAUCAAUAAAACUAGAAAAAGAAUUCAA